CUGCGGCUCGUCCUCCCGGCCGGCCUUCUCUCGAAACUACCACGUCCUUCCUUGGGUGUGGUUCGAGAUCGAGACAUCUCCCGUCGUAGAGUGCGCGUUGUGUCCCGGUGCGUGCCGUCUCGGCUCCCUCGGCCGCGUUCGACGGCCGGUUCUCCUCUUCCGUGUCCGUGAGAACGCGUGCGGAUUCCUGCGGAGCGCGAGCGAGCCGUAGGGUGUACGGACCGAAAGAGCGCGAGAGAGGGAGGGAGACAGAGAAAGAGAGCGACGGAGUAAACGAGUGGGGCGAGCCGCACGACGACGUUCAUCGAUUCGUCUCGUGCUACCAUCACGGUUGUGUGCGAACCGCGGCAGAAAAGCGAGCCCGCGCACCGCGACGACCUAACCGCGUCUCUCACUCUCUCUCUCUCUCUCUCUCUCGUGCACCGUGCAUGCGUGCGUGCGUGCGUGUGGAAGCUCCACCGAGGGGCAGAAGUAGCCAUCGCGGUACCACCGAGUGGUACCGGCGAUUACGGCGGGUGUCUAGCGGCGAAACGGCUACGAGGUACGUCCGCAACUGGAAGUGGAACUAGAAAUAGAACCGGAGGCAGCAGCAGUAUCCGUGGAGAGCCAGUUGGCUCGCAGUUGUUGACCGACUACCCCCGGAGGUUUCUCCGGCGCCUCUACACCGGUGGAAAAGGGUGGCAACGGUCUCGUCGGGGAGUAUCGAAGCUGGCGCGUGGGGCGGCGGAGUCGACGGUGGUCCGGCGGCUCUGGUUCCGGUGGUAGCGGCGGAAGCGGAAGCCGCGGCGGUAGCGAUAGCAAGAGGAGGCGGCGAGGAGGUGGGGCCGGGAGAGGCUGGUGGAAGCCGCGACUUCGGCAGGAAGAGGCGCGAACUUCAUCCUCAUCCUCAUCUUCAUCCUCUUCUACCUCAUCCUCACGUUCUACCCCUUCACGGGGGUGGUGAACUUGGGAGCGGCUACCGUCGGCCACCGGAAGUACCAUCGACGGCGUGACAGCAGUCCCGCGAUCAAUUUCCUCGCGCGAGAAGGCACCGUAGAUAAGAAAACAUCCGUCAUCAUCGUAGACAUCAUUACAUUCUGAGCCCUCCUGACGAGAGGAGACAGCGCCCUGUCAUCCUCCCCUUUCUUGUCCGUCGCGCGCGACGCACCAGUACCUCGGCCCCACUAACGGGUGCUCGUAAACCUCGCCGCGCGUCAUCAGCCAGACACCAUGAACGAGCUCGACAGUCUUCGUCAGGAGUCGGAGACGCUGAAGAAUGCCAUUAGGGAUGCCAGGAAAGCAGCAUGCGACACGACCUUGGUCCAGGCCACGUCGGGCAUGGAACCUAUCGGUCGCAUACAAAUGCGCACGAGACGUACGCUACGUGGUCACUUAGCGAAGAUUUACGCGAUGCACUGGGGAAGUGACUCCAGGAAUCUAGUCUCCGCGUCGCAAGAUGGCAAACUGAUUGUCUGGGACAGUUAUACCACCAAUAAGGUUCACGCGAUCCCAUUACGGUCGUCAUGGGUAAUGACCUGUGCGUACGCGCCCUCGGGUAGUUACGUAGCGUGCGGUGGGCUGGACAAUAUUUGUUCCAUCUAUAGCCUUAAAACUAGGGAAGGAAAUGUGCGGGUGAGCAGGGAACUGCCAGGUCAUACCGGCUACUUGUCCUGCUGCAGAUUUUACGAUGACAGCCAAAUCGUCACAAGCUCCGGUGACAUGUCCUGUGCUCUGUGGGACAUUGAGACCGGACAGCAGUGCACAUCUUUCAUCGGGCACACCGGCGACGUGAUGUCCUUGUCCCUGGCGCCGGACACGCGUACCUUCGUGUCCGGUGCCUGCGACGCCAGCGCAAAACUGUGGGAUAUUCGCGAGGGGUCCUGCAAGCAGACUUUCCCGGGCCACGAGAGUGACAUAAACGCUGUCACGUUCUUCCCGAACGGAUACGCUUUCGCGACGGGCUCGGACGAUGCAACUUGCAGACUCUUCGACAUUAGGGCGGACCAGGAACUUGCAAUGUACAGUCACGACAAUAUCAUUUGUGGUAUCACCAGUGUAGCUUUCAGCAAGAGCGGUAGAUUAUUGCUGGCGGGUUACGACGACUUCAACUGCAACGUCUGGGAUUCCAUGAAGACGGAGCGAGCUGGAAUCCUUGCUGGGCACGACAAUCGCGUGUCUUGUCUCGGGGUUACGGAAGAUGGUAUGGCGGUAGCGACUGGUUCUUGGGAUUCUUUCCUACGCAUUUGGAACUAACUUGGGGCUCACUCCAGGACGUUUCUUCAAAGAACCAACUGCAGCCAUUCAGCAUACAGUAUAAGAAUCAAGUACCACCAUCUGACCACCGAACAAGUCGGCGUGCCAGCAGCUACGACGCUGACGUAUAACCCGCCAGGUUCACCGGAGUUGACGCUGAUCAGAAACUUUGAAUAUCCGAUAAGCAGCAGCAGCAGCAACAGCAGCGAUGGCAGCAGUAGCAACAACAAUAAUUACGACCAGAUGAAGACCCACGAUAGCGGCAGCGGCGAUUUCAAGAACGUUUUGGGUUGUGGUGGUAAAAAAGACUCCCGCAGGCGCAUCGUAGUCGACUUGGCCUGGCGACGCGGUAAAGUCGGCGACAAGGACCAUGAAUAUCAACGCUUCUAGAGAGGAAGAAUUGGCACGUGGGGUGGUGGUAGUCGUCGUACCAUCAAGAUCACCAUCGUCGGCAAAAGGCCGCGCGCGCCGAGUAUACAUCGGCGGGCAGCGAAUACGCGAGGAGGGACAAGACGCCACAAGGUGCCGAGAGCAA